AUGGCUAAUGCUGAUCAAGUGAACUCCGACGGGUGCAUUGUUCUUUUAGAAGAAGUCAUUAAAACGAACAAAGACCUCCUCGAACAAAACAAAGCCCAGCAAGAAGAGCUAAAAGCCCGUUCUAACCAGCACGGCCAGGCAUUGAGGCAAUUAAAUGCCAACAUUGAACAGCUGAAGUCGAAUGUGACAGAAAAACCGACUAGAACUACAAGAAAACGCAAAAGAACCUCCGUGAAAGUGCCGUCCAUCUGUCGAAAAUAUGACUUGCACAAAAGGAGAUCAAGAAAAAAUGGAAGAAAAAGAGAGAAACUCACAAGAAGGACGAUUGACUUGGAGAAAGUUAUUGACUGGGAUGUAAACAAAAGGGGAAAGGCAGCAGAGAUCCUGAUUCCAGACUGCAUGAGCAGCGAGGAAUCAGAUUAUGAUGACAGYGGCAAGACAAUAGGUUACACAGUCAAAAGAUUGGCACUGGAAAGUCCAAAGGUUAAAAAAUUGAAAAAAAAAAUUGGUGCUGCCAAUUGCUACAUUGCUACAUUGCUACCCUGA